GAGCCAGAACAAGGGCUUUCAUCUUUUGGCAAGAUGUUGAAACACUACGUGACCCGGCCAGAGGAUGAGCCCACCUUCGACAAGCUGAUGAAUAGCGUUCUUUUGGUGAAUCUUGCAUUGGUUCUGCUAGAGUCCACCUACACGCUGAAUUCGCUGAAUCCACCAGCAUGGACCGGCUACGUAGAGCUUGUGUUCUCCUUCCUGUACUUGGGAGAGGUGGCAGUGAAAGUCCAGGUUCGUUCCUGGGAUGUCUAUUGGUUGUCCCUGCCCAAGCGUUUCGACUUCUUCACAACAUUCCUCCUUCUCUUCUCCAGCUUGCUACCCUAUUUGCCCAACAGUGUAAUGCCCUUUGAUCUCCGACACUAUGCAAACAUCCUGCGGCUCUUGCGAUUGCUCCGGGUCAUCAAGCAGCUGAAAUCCCUGCGCUCUGUGCAGUUCUUGGCCAGCUGUAUCACCAAGAUGGUAUGGGCUGCAGGGAACAUCUUUCUCUUGCUGGGAUGCGUGGUUUUUUUCUUCACCACCCUGGGAGUGAACCUCUUUGGUGGUGUGCUUUACAAGGGCAAUCCCGGACUCGAGCACACUGAGUACAAGGAGAAACAUUGGUAUGUGUUCAACUUCAACGACACGCCUAUGGCCUUUGCUUUGUUCUUCACACAGCUCCUUUGUGAGUAUGUCCCCGUGAAUGCGGAGGCCUUACAGAUGACGGCACGGUGGGGCGAUGUUGCCUGGCUCAUUUUCCCGAUCUUCUACUUUCUGGGAGUCGCCAUCAUGUUCGAAAUCCUGGUUGCAUUCACGGUGGAGGCCUACAUUGAAAUUCGAGAGGAAAAUGAAAAAGAAGAGGAGGAGGAGCAAGAAAGAGAAGAAGAGGAGGGGCGCGUCAGACUCGGUGAGGAGUCACAAAGUGCAAAUUACAGUACGUGGCAGGCACCUCAUGGCCAUCACGUUGAAGAUCACGGCGGGCAUGGUGGCCAUGGCCACGAUCACCCUAAGGA